CAGCUGUCAGGUCGCACUGCGCUCUCUCUGUUCUUCCAGCCUAUUGCUAGGAACGAUUUGGGGGCCGCCAUUUGUGCUUAGUCUGAACGGCCAGAGCUCUGAUCCCCUGGCCCUGCUGGUAACCAGCUUGUGACCAGUCAGGAACUUUAUAGAGUCACAUCCUGCUGAACCUGUGGACAGGGGGAGGGAAUAGGGGUAGAUGAAGCUCCGGAAGAAUUCUGGGAAUCCUUGAUCUGAGGUUGCGUGCGCAGCGGGGAGGGGGCAGGAAGGAGCUAGGCUUUUGCGCCUGCGCGGUUUCUACGCCUUCAAAACCGGAAGAGAUCCUGGCGCAAACGAGACCCUGCGUGCUCCCUCCGAGCUGUUCACAGUUCUGCUUAAUCAGGUCCGAAGGCCCGAAGGUGUGAGCAGUUUCAGUUGCCGGAGAAAGGGUAGACGAUGAGGAUCUUGCAGCUUAAAAAUGAAGGUGGAUUGAUUUGCCUAAGGCCAAGCAACUAUUGAAUGUUAGCAUCAGAAUUCUAACCCAGAUCUCCUCUGCUACAAGUCCAGCACUGCCUCCACAUUCCAAAAGAGAAAAUGAAGAGAAUAGAAUGGAAGAUUUUUUUUCUUCUCCCUGUAAACUGCUUUGGAAGAGAUGGCCUGGGGUGACAGAGUUUGUUGGCUCAGGGCUGGAAAUGAUUGACUAACGUGACUGGGUCUUUACUGAUGUUCUUGUUUAGGGACCUAGGAAUUCAAACAUGAAGCCUGGGUCUUUUAAAAAAUACUUUAAUACUUAUGCCCCUCUCAGCUGCUAUCUCACCUAUGUUGCUUACCUCUCAUUGCACUGGAAUAUAUACCAUCUUUAAUAUUCAGAGCUAAGAGAUACUUUGCCCAUUUCAUAUGCAAAAACUGGAUAUUCACUUUGGAAACAACAAAUGACUGGAGUUUCAGUUAAGGGGAAAAAUGUUUCUAGGAAUUAAUGAUUUUCUUGGUUCUUUUUAACACUACCAUUAGACACUACAAUAAAUAUAAUAUACAUAUUAUCUUUAGUGGAAUCUUAAAAUUUUUUUCAUGCCAUUAAAUUUAUGCAGUGCACUUUGGAUCUGAUGAUUCAGGACCCUGGUCUCCUUUCCACAAUUUUGUAUGCGUGUUUGUCAUCAGACAGAUUUGGAAUCUUCCUACUCUGCAAUGAGAGCUUAAGGACUAAGUAUCUUUAUGUUUCUCAGUGCCUGCAUUUGUUUCUGAAUAUAUAUCCAUAUAUAUCUGAGGCCAUUCCUAGCACUUGCUCAAGAAGACUGCCUGGUGCUUAGUUUGUGGGCAAUUUGUAUGAAGGACCCACAGGUCCUUCAAGGUCCAUGGUUCUGGCUAUGGAUUGAGGCUGCUAGGUUCAUCCUCCUAUUUCUGAUCUUUGCAUACAGUUCCCCUGUGCAUAAGUGUCCAUUUUGGACCUAUAGAAAGUUAGCUUCCUAGUAGGGACAGAUUUUAAUUUCUCAGUGAAGGUCUCAACUGGAGAAAUGCCUCUGAAGAAAGUGAUGGUUCUGUAUCCUUACCCCCAAAUUCCUAUUCCACACACAUGGGAUAACAUCCUAGGAGUACAUGUCCCCGGGAAUCAAGAAGCCAUCCAAGUUGAACAGAAUCCUGACCUUGAAGCUUCUCGACAGCGUUUCAGGUUUUUUCGAUACCCAGAAGGGGCUGCGCCUUAUGAGGCCCUGAGCCAACUUCAGGCACUUUGUCUUCAAUGGCUGAGGCCAGAAAUUCACACAAAGGAGCAAAUAUUGGAGUUGCUGGUACUGGAACAAUUCCUGACCAUCCUGCCUGGAGAAAUCAGGACUUGGGUGAAAUCACAUAAUCCAGAGAAUAGUGAAGAGGUGGUGGCCAUGGUGGAGGAUCUGGCCCAAAUGCUAGAGGAAGAAGCUCUGCCUUCUGAGGACUCUGCACUUCCCCAAGAGGAGAGCACUGAGGAGGGACAGGACUGUAUGUCCCUGCUGGCCAGAUGCCAGGAAGCACCGACUUUUCAGGAUGUAGCUGUGGAUUUUACCUGGGAAGAAUGGAAGCAACUGGACCCUGCUCAGCAAGAUCUGUACAGGAGUGUGACGCUGGAGAACUAUCAAAACCUGGUGUCCCUAGGUCUUCCUGUCUCCAAACCAGACAUAAUCUCCCAGCUGGAGCAAGAGGCACCGUGGAGCCUGAAGAGAGAUGUUGCCAACGGUUCCUGUCUAGAUUGGGAAGCUACACAUGAGACCAAAGAAUCAAAUUCAAAGCAAGAUAUAUUUGGUGAAAAAUCAUCCCAGGAAAGAACAAGAAGGGGUGGUUCUGAACAGUCAAUGAAAGAUUGGGGGUAUGAUGGCAGGUUAGAAGGAAAACAGCAGGGAAACUUAGAGAGAAGACCAAGACAAGUACUAAUCAUCCACAAGAAAACCCCUACAACAAUGAAAGAACAUGAAUGUAAUAUAAUGCAGAAAAAUUACAGUUCAGGCUCAAUUCUUGUGACACAACAAACUAUGCCUGUAAGAAAGAGUUUCCAUAAACAUAGCACACGUGAAAAGACUCUCAAAAAGUUGUCUGAUCUAAUUAAACGUAAUAGAAUUGCCUCAGGGAAGGAAUCUUGUAAAUAUAACAAAUGCACUAAAGCCUUUAGUUACCAAUCAGAUAUUAUUCAGUAUCCAACAGUACCCACUGAAGAGAAAUCCCACACAUGUAAUGAAGAAGUCUUUAGUCAAAGCACUGACCUGACUCAACAACAGAAAAGUCAUAUUGAAGAGGAGACCUAUAAUUAUACUGAAUAUAGAAAUGUCUUCAGUCAAAUGGAAUACUUUGCUAACCAGAAGACAAUUAAUACUGGAGAAAAACUCAGUAAAUACAGUACAUGUGAGAAAACCUCUGAUGACUCAUCUCUUACUAAACCUCAGAAGAUUCCUUCAGGAGAGAAACCUUACAAAUGUGAUGAAUGUGUGAAAGCUUUCAGUAACAAAUCAUCUCUUGUUCUACAUCAGAGAAUUCAUAGGAGAAAAAAACCUCAUACAUAUAAUUCAUGUGGGAAAACCUUCCACCAGAGCACAAAACGUGUUAAACAAAAGAGAACUCAUACAAGAGGCAAACCCCAUAAGCAUGAAGAAUGUGGGCCGGCCAUUGGUCAGAAUUCCUCCCUCUGUGAACAUGAAAGAAUUCAUAGAGGAAGGAGAGCUCAUACUUGUAAUGAAUGUGGGAAAGUCCUUAGCCAGAGAAGACGACGUAGAAAACGGAGAAUUAAAACUAGAAAAAGUAACUGACAAUUUGUGUGCAUAAAGUUAAGAUCACCUGGAGUGAGAGUACUAGCUUCAGUCUUGGGAGUGGCAGUCAUGUCUUGAAGUACCAUAGUGUAUUAUGCCUAAGAGGAAGAAUACCAGAAAUUAAGGGAGAGCAAGGUGAGACUGGGCAGAGUGGGAAGGGAAUGGUUAAAUAAUGUAAGUGGUGGGCUAGGUAGUACAGGUGCCACCAAUAACUAGACCAGUGAUGGAAAACCUUUUAGAGACUGAGUGCCAGGCCUUCCCCCCCAACCUAGUACCAUGGCCCUCCCCCUCAAUGAGUGCCAGGAGUGCCCUGCCCCACCCCCCUUUACCCCACACAGGGAAAGGAGAAAGCACUCCCAUUGGGUUGCUGGGCAGAGGGGCAGAUGAUAUGAAAAAACGUCAGACACAGUGGAGAGGGUGAAGGGAACUAUUCUGCCCAAGUCCCUCUGCCUUUCUAGUAACAAAUUAUAGGGUGGCCAUGUGCCCACAGAAAGUGCUCUGCAUGCCAUCUUUGGCACCCAUGCCAUAAGUUCACCAUCACUGAAACUAGGCAGUUAGGAGACAUACCUGUCUGGAAGCCCUUACUCCACACCAUCUAUGUGAUGAGAGCCUUCAGACACUUUUGAUCCAGCUCUGCCAUGCACAUCUCAUGAAAUAUGUCACUGAAAGUACAUCCAACUUUAUUAGUCAUGAAAGAUUUGAGGUGUGCCCUUCUUUGCCAAUUUCUCCAGCCCAUCUUGUCCCUGGAACAUAUUUGUCUUCAACACAUUGCUAGAGUAUGCUAGCUACUCCUGCAACACAGUUACCAGAAUUCUAAGAAAUUGGAGACUAAGCAAGGCUGAUUGUUGACAAUUUGCAGAAUUCAUGCUCACUUCCACACUUCCAUGAACCUUUAUGGAAUCUCAUGCAAAUUCAUCCUGACAUCAUUCAACCUAACAUCUUGCUCCCCAAGAAUUAUCCAAGGAAUCCCAUUGUACCCUUGAGAAUGCAGCUUGGGAGCACUCAUGAUCUUAUUUCAUAGGAAAUUAGGCAAGUUUAUCUGUGGAUCAAAGACUUUUUCCGUAUCCUUAUUCAGCUAUUCCAUUAAGCUUUGGGGGUCAGAGAGUAGGAAGAUGGACAUGUGUGAAGUAAAAUACAUCCAUCCUGUGGCUUCUCCAGAUGUUCCCUGACUUCAGUAUGGGUGUCCCUAGCACCAUUGUACCAGAGCCAGCAGAACAUCACCUUGGAAGGGCAAACAGCAUGACAUUUGAAAGCCACUGGCCUUCAAGGACUGGUAGUGCCAGAAGCAGAGUCACUAUUUCAUACUGGUACCUAUCCAGCUGCAGUUUUGGCUCUCUGAGUCCUCAAUCUUUGACAAACAGCAACAAUUGCAGCCAUUAAGCAAAAUGUUACAUCUAUUAUGCUGAAAUCUAACUUCCUGUCUAUCACUCACUCCGCUAAUAAAUGCUUAUAACUGAU